CAAAGAUGCAGAGCUGGGUACAGGAACAGAAACAAGUUCUUAUGACUCUUUUGGCCAGACAGGAGAGAGUACAAGCUUAGUCCAUCAGGAUAUGGUGAGAGAUAAUUCAUAUUAUUCAUUGUGAUGUGUUACACUCAUGGUCCCGUAUUAUAUAGGUGUAUCUGUGUUCUACAAUUUUCUUACUUUAUUUGCAUGGGACACUGCUCUGCGGAAUACAUGAUAACACUUUGAAUAUCAUGUAUUAUUUCAUUAAUUAUUGUGUUGUAAAGCUAUAUUAUUAUUAUUUGUAUUAUAUAGCAUCAACAUUAUAUAAUUAGGCAGCUAACGCUAUAAAUACUGCAAUUGUUUGUCCAUUUUGACUACCAGGUGUUGAAUGAAACCCCCAGCAUCCAAAGAGUUAUUCCUUAUUAUUACAUGACUGUGGUAUAUAAGGUUCUUUAAACUGUUUUUUUUUCCUGCUGUGAUUAUUCCUGCAUUUCUUAUUAAUAUUUGUCUUUAUUUGAUUUUUCUUUUUGCAAAAAAUGCUUCAUUUUUUCCCUUCAAGUACAGUUUUGCUCUACAGUAUAUGUUGGAGCUUUCCAAAUAUUAAUAACAUGAAAAAUUUCAAAUACUUUAACUAGAAAUGUUACAUGUAGCUUCCUCUAGAUUUCAAACGGCUUUUGAGGUAUUGAUGUUAUUAUUAAGCACUGAUAAUGGACUUUCAGUGUCCUGGUGUAAAUAUAGCCAUUUGUUCCAUGAUUUUACAGCUAAUUUUCACAUGAUCCCUGACCUAAGGUUCUCCAUGCAUAUAUAUUUUAGAUUUUAUCAAGGACAUGAAGGACGUGAAUUUUUUUUUUUAUUCUUACUAACGAAUUUCCGAUUCAUUUAUUCAGUUGUUUAGAUGAAUAUUCAUUUUCCUAGUCAUUGAUAUCAAGCAUUGAUUAUUCGAAUGAAAUUAUUUUUUCCGUGAAGCAAAUUCCUUGUCCUGUUUAAAAAUACAUAAGAUGAGGCACCUGACACCUUGAGGCUCUGCGUCUUGAGGAAAUCUAUAUAAAAUGCUUCUAACUUAACUGUGCUUCAGGUUCCAUUUAAACUCUAUUUUCUCCUGUGGCAUUAACCCAUUUGAUUGCGGUGAAAUUGUAUUAUUUUUCUUUAUUGCAGGCGCUUUGACAUUAUAGGGGUUCAGGUUGAAUUCGCCCAUGUUUAUCAAGUUAUAAUUGGAGGCAUAAUUGAAACACCCCAUUCUCUUGGCUGCUACAAAUCUAGAACUUGCUCCUAGUUUACUUUAUUAAAUACCACCGACUAUGAAUCUGUUUUUAAUCAUUCUACCUCAGUUUUAUAAUAAUGUGGUCGGAGGUCAAGGAAACACUGAAUAUCAACAUGAACAUAUUUAACCCCUUAAGGACACAACUUCUGGAAUAACAUGGGAUCAUGACAAAUUAUUUCCGUCAUGUGUCCUUAAGGGGUUAAAUAAUGGCAAUACCAUAAUUACUAAGCUUGCACACAGUGAAAACAUUUGGUUUGUCCGAAUAUAGUCAUCAGAAAAAAAAAUUGUUAUGGCGAUUCAGGUCUCAUCCAUGUGACGUUUCAUUUUUUUGGAAAAACGAUUCAGGCAAUGUAAAAUAGCACCAAAAAUGGCUGUAUUACAUAUUUAUAUGUAAUAUAUUUAUUAAAUAUGUAAUUGAUGUGGAAUCAAUCAAUGAAUUGAUUAUCUUGCGUAUCUGACCCCGGCCAAAUUUAAAAAGAUGCGUGCACGCUCCUGAAGUAAUUCACACCAGACACAGGUUUCGGGUUAAUGAAAAACUUGAGGAAUGUUUAUUCAAAAUUACAUCAUUUGCAUUGUCAGAGAUAACAUGGAAUAAUACAUCAAUAAUUGGUUAGGUGUUAAGGGGUUCAUUUAUUACUCUUCCUACCGGGUGUGAUGUCUCCCCCAGAUUCCAGCGCCAUCUUGUUAGUGAGGGUGUUAGUCGAUGUCAAAGGGAAACUCCCUAGCGGCCAUUUUAGGUAAAUCACAUAGAAAGUUGAAUAAUGCUGAUUGUAGUUAUACUGAGUAAACAGGCAUUUUACUAACAUGGAUUGGGUUAAUAUCUUUGUCCACAACAGUAAUAAAUAAAUAUAUUUUUAAUGCUUCUCCUUUUUUUUUACUUCUCUUGGUCACUUCUCACUUAAAGGAUCACUAUAGCGUCAGGAAAACAAAGCGGUUUUCCUGACACUAUAGUGCCCUAAGGGUGCCCCCACCCCCAGGGUCCCCCUCCCGUGGUGCUGAAGGGGUUAAAACCCCUUCAGCAGCUUACCUUAAUCCAGCGCCGGGCUCCCUUGGCGCUGGUGACCUCUCCUCCCCCACUGACAUCAGCUCCCAAGCACGCAUUCAAUGCUUUCCUAUGGACAUUCUGCACGCUGAAUGAAAAUUUCGCCUCCAGCGUCGCACAUGCGUCUCUAGCGGCUGUCAGGAAUACACCCACUAGAGGUUGGAUUAACCCCAAAUGUAAACAUAGCAGUUUCUCUAAAACUGCUAUAUUUACAUCUGAAGGGUUAAAACCUGAGGGAUCUGGCACCCAGACCACUUAAUUGAGCUGAAGUGGUCUGGGUGACUAUAGUGUCCCUUUAAUCUUUGAAUAAAAUCAACAUUUAAUGAUUGUCCCAAUAACCACCAAUGAUCUUUUUUCCCAUCAAUCAUCUCCCUCUUUUUUUCUUUUAGGCACCAUAGAGGUAAUUCCAAACCAUUUCAUGAUUUGUCCACAUAGUAUUGUGGAUUUUUGGAUUUCAGAAGAAUCUAGUCUAAUAAUUACCAUAGUGGUCUAUCAAUAAGAAUGAGCUUUACAUGUACACAACUUUUCGUGAAAUAAUGUCCAUUCUAAGUAUUUUGUAGCCUUCAUGAACAAUGAACAAGGAACAAAUGGUACUCAGUACAAAACAUAGGGUGUUUCUGAUAGAUACUUUUCCUAACUGAUUAAUAUUAGGCGGCUUAUUAAAUAGAAAUUAUGGGACAAAUGCUUUUUAGAUUGUGCCAGAUAUUACCACUUUUUUUUGUGCGACCGGGUAAAGCCACUUCUGUUUUGUAGAGUGGGAUUAAAGAAGUAGUUUCAAACAAUGACACAACAGAGACAUCAAAUGUUUUAAGUACAAUUCUAAAAGCUAAAUGGGCAUGAUUAAUGUUUUAAACUCCUUUGAAUGGAGUAUGCCAAGUAAUCCAAGUGCCUGACUUGCCUGUUAACUUCAUGAUUAUUAAGGUUUGUUCAAUUAUGAGCUUUCAAAUGCUCAUCCAGCCAACGGCAGGUCAAUGCGGAAUACCUCCUCCUUAAUAAAAGGCGAUGGUGACUAAGAGGAUUUAAGAGGUGCAACAGACAGUCCAGACAACUACAGUUGCGAAUUAGCUGCCUAGUAAAUGAAUUAUAUUGAAAGAACCAACAUACCUUGAAACAAAUCAGGAAUAUUAGCCAGUGAUCUAACAAAGUUCCAGUUAUUUAGCUAAUUUACACAAAACUGUGCAUAUAUGGUCUGAAGGAACAUGAUACACUUUAGACACAUAAAAAUUUGAAAAGGCAUUUUCUUGUUUGAUGAAUAACAUUUCCUUGUAUUACAUACUGAUGGGAUUACUAAUGUAUGGAGAUCACCACAAGUGUUUGUCCAUCCGUCAUUCUGUGGGUCAGCAUUGCAGGUUUGUGAUGUUAUGAAUGUGUUUUCACAGCACAUGGUGGGAGUCUUGGUAAAAAGGUAGCAAUGUUUGAUUUCUGGAGGACAAGGAAGAUUUGAAAGUCAUUACUGUUCAUAGGUACCUUGGUACUGUUCAUAGGUAUAAGUAUAGGUACCUUUUAAUAGACAUUUUUACCUAGAUUAUACUCAUACCAUAAGGAUAGAAUUGUUUCACGAAUGUGUCAAUUAAUUCAGUUUACCAAAAUAACCUGUCCAGCCACCAGGCCUCAAUCUAACAGAGUAUCUAUAUAGGGUUAGAUGGAUUAGCUACCAGGAAUUAAGAUUACCUAAAAAAACUAAACUUUCACACCUGUAGGAAACAAUGAAGUCAACAACAUUCCUGUGGAACAUUGUCAAAAAAUGUGUAGAGCCCAUAUCUCAAGGAAUGGAUGGAAUUAUUUAACAGAAUGUUUCUACAAAUUUUUUUUUAUACUCUUUGUUGAAAAUCUAAAUAUUUCAGAGGGGGUCCUAGUAUUAUGGUGCUAGGUCUGCAAGAUAAAACAUAACGAAAGACGAUCACAAGAAAGGUGUAAGAAAAAAGAUAAACAUCAAAUGAUGGCUUUUCCUGGAAGUCACAGUGAGCAACAACUGGGUUUAAGGAAAACUACAGUUCAGAAAAAAAAAAUCUUUUUUUGGGACUAUAAAUUCCAUUUGAUUGCUGUGACCUGUGUCCACACCUUUGGCUGUUGAAAGAGUUAAGUUUAAUAAAGUUUACUUACCUCGUUUCCAAAACACUACUGCAGCCUCUACUUCACCUUCUUAUUUGUCAGCAAGCCUGCUGAUAUAUUCAGUGUUUUCAUCUAAUCCAAUGCUUCUCAAAGACAAUCAUUGGCAACAAAAUGCGCAUGUACAUAAAAACUGCGCUCAUCCAAUCAAAUUCCCUCUAUGAGAAGCAUAGGAUCGAAGAAGCAAGUCAGACUCGGUUAUUGCACUGGAAGCGCCAUUAUAGAUGUGUUUAAUCUGGCAAUUUCUACAAAAUAAUAAUGUUUUACAUUGCAGGGUUAAAAUAACAGGGCCGUGGUACCCAGACUACUUCAUUGAGGUAAUGCCUAUAGUGUCCCUUUAAUACUGGCUUGUGAAUACACGGCAUUACCUUCUAAAAGAAAUGUUGGAAAUAAGAUAACGGUAGAGUUUAAGAAUGAGCAUUAAAGAUACAUGACUCUCUUCACUAUGAAUCAAGAAUAAAGUUUGAGAUUUUCAUGUAGGAAAUAGUCUGAGGAGGUGAGACAAUUUAUUUCCUUAUAUCAGGUUUAAAUUGUCUCAAUGUAGCUAUGUGUAAUCAUUACGAACAUCUACAGAUAUAAUCCAUAGGAUGUUAGGUGCAGAACGGUCAUUUUUUUCAUUAUGUUGGUUUUUAAUAUGAUCUGUGUGAAGAGUUUUCUUUCUAUUCAUUUUUCAAGAGCUGCCUUAGGGGGUGAUUUGUUUACACUCCAAUGAGAAUGGCCUCUAUAGUAUUCUACAAAGCCUGCACUAAUUUUAAAGGAUCUCCCCCUAGUAUUCUAUAGAAGAACAAAAUACCGUACCAAAACAUUUCACGCUAAAAAAAACCUUCCCUAUUCAUUAUUUCUAAGUAGAUCUCUCUCUCUCUCUCUCUCUCUCUCUCUCUCUCUCUAUAUAUAUAUAUAUAUAUAUAUAUAUACACACACACAUAUAAAUAUAUACAUUUUAUUAAAGGAUUAAACUAGAAGCAGAGCUUAUUGCAAACAAUUAGCAUUUAAAAUAACCUAAUGUUUAACCUCUCGUGUUAAAAGAGAAGCUUUGGGGGUUUUUUUGCAACCAAAUGACUUAUCAGCAAUUUUGUCAACUUCAUCCAUCAGGAAGGUAGGAAGCAAGUGUACAGCUCCUCUAUAUCCUCAACUGUUUCUCGAACGAUAAAACAGAAUCCCUGUGGCAUUUCACGGCAGGCUUCCAAGUAGAAUUAGGCAUGAUGAGAAAUUGUUACAUAUAUUUCAUGCUUAGAUUGUCAGUGAAUGGAUCUAGCUUACAGGGGGCAGUCUCAUAUCCCCAAAUUAUCUUAGUGAACAGUCUUCAAUUGCUACAUUCAAUACAUUUUUUUAUUAAAGGUAGGUUGACAGAAGGCAGUGACCAUAAGACACUAAAAUUGGUAUUAGCUGAUCCCCAUGUGCAAAUACUGCCGUUUCUAUUACAAUACAGCAACAUGAAUUGCUGCCAAUAAAAGACAGUUUAUUAAUCAUAACGUGAAAGUUAGUUUAAGAUUACUUAAGACAGGUAUUAAGUUCAACCAAUGAUUUUAAAUUGGUUAAAAAAAAUAUGUUUUGGCACCACAUCAUUUGAUUGUAGUAUACAAUGAUCAGCCACACCAUUAAAACCACCUGCCUAAUAUUGUUUAGAACCCACUUAUGCUGCCAAAACAACUCUGAUAUGUCAAGGCAAGAUCUCUGAACGUGUCCCGUGGUAUCUGGCACCAAGACAUUAGCGUCAGAUCCUUGAAUUCUUUGUCAUGUUCCUCAAACCAUUCCUGAACAAUGUUUGCAGUGCGGCAAGGUGCAUUAUCCCGCUGAAAGAGGCCACUGACAUCAGGUACCACUAUUGCCAGUAAGGGAUAUAUGUGGUCUGCAACAAUUUGUAGGUAGGUGUUACAUGUCCAAGUAACAUUCACAUGAGUGUCAUGACCCAGGUUUCCUGGGAUAACAUUGCCCAGAACAUUGUUUCUGCAGGCCUGGCUUCUUUCGAUAGUACAUCCAGCUGCCAUCUCUUACCCAGGUAAACAACGCACAUGCAUGCAGACAUCUAUCUGAUAUAAAAGAAAACAUGGUUCAUCAGACCAGGCAACCUUCUUCCUUUGCUACAUAGUCCAAAUUCUGACGCUUUCAUCAAGGAGCUUUUGAUGAUGGAAAGGGGUCAUCAUGGGUACUCUGACCAGUCUGCACAUAUGCAGCCCCAUAUACAACAAACUACAAUACACUAUCUGUUCUGACACCUUUCUAUCAUGGCUGUCAUUAUGUUUUUCAGCAAUUUGAGCUAUAGUAGAUCUGACCAGAUGGGCUAGUCUUUGCUCCCCAUGUUAAUGAAAGAGCUUUACGCGCCCAUGGCCCUUAAUGUUGUCCUUUCUUGACCCUUCAGUUGUUCUUCUUUGCAAAACUUUUGGUUGGUACUAACUACUGCAUACCGGGAAGACUUGCCGUUUUAGAAAUGCUCUGACCCAGUCAUCUAGGGAUCACUAAUUGGUCCUUGUCAAAGUCACUCGGAUCUUUUUUCCCUUGCCAUAUUUUUCCUGCUUCCAACACAAGAAUUUCAUGAACUGACUGUUCACUUGCUUCCUAAUACAUCCGACCCCUUGACAGGUGCCAUUGUAACAAUAUAAUCAAUGUUUUUCACUUCACCUGUCAGUUGUUUUAAUGUUGUGGCUCAUCAGUGUAUAUAUAACUGAUUAUCAGUGAUGUGGCAAUGUACCAAAAGCUGAAAAAAAUACUACUAAGUUAUAUACAUUUGCCUGGCUUUCAAAGUUAAUUUUAAAAGUAUAUUCCAAGCACCAUAACAACUACCGCUCACCAUAGUGGUUAGAGUUUCAGGAGUGCCCUGUAGCCUUCCAUUCUAAGUGGUCAAACUAUUUUUAAAUGGUUUGACUUCUGCCUUUGCGUCCAUUAUUUAGUAAGUGAAGUAACAGCCAGGGCUGUCUUUACCGCGGGACAAAUGCCCCCAGUUACUCCUGGGGGGGCCCAAAGCAGCUGCACCGUGGGCUCCGCUGGCCUCAAGCAUUUCUCCCACCGGCCGGUGCAGCCGCACACUAAGGAGGACCACCAGGUGGCCCAUGCUUCUGUCAGCAGGGGCCUGGUCUUGCACUCUGGAGCUUUAAGAGCGCUACUGGGCCCUCUUGCUUUUCGGCAGCCAGCUGGGAGGAAGUGACGGCCGCAAGUCACUUCCUCCCAUAAAGAGAGGAGCCGCUCGGGAGGAGGAAGAGGCAGAGCAGAGGGUGUCUGGGCCGAGCUAGACAGACCCCAACUCCCAACAGCUUCAGCCACCAGUGGGAAAGCCACCCUCCAAGGUAGGAAACUGGAGGGUGGGUUUAAUAGUGUAAAUUUUGUGUGUGUCAGUAUGUCUGCCAGUGUGUGUGUGUGUGUGUAUGUGUGUAUCUGUGAAUGUCUCAGUAUAUGUCUGUAUGUCAUUAUGUCUGUCAGUGUAUGUGUCAGUAUGUCUGACAGUGUGUGUGUAUCUGUGAAUGUCUCAGUAAAUGUCUGUAUGUCAUUAUGUCUGUCAGUGUAUGUGUCAGUAUGUCUGCCAGUGUCUCUGUAUAUGUCUAUAAGUCAGUUUGUCCGUCAGUGUAUGUGUCAGUAUGUAUGCCUGUGAGUGUCAGUAUGUUUGCCUGUGUGUGUCAGUAUGUCUGCCAGUGUGUGUGUGUGUGUAUCUGUGAAUAUCUCAGUAUAUGUCUGUAUGACAUUAUGUCUGUCAGUGUAUGUGUCAGUAUGUCUGCCAGUUUGUGUCAAUGUGUGUGUGUGUAUCUGUGAAUGUCUCUGUAUAUGUCUAUAUGACAGUUUGUCUGUCAGUGUAUGUGUCAGUAUGUAUGCCUGUGAGUGUCAGUAUGUUUGCCUGUGUGUGUCAGUAUGCUGUCAGUGUAUGUGUCAGUAUGCCUGUCAGUGUGUGUCAGAAUGUCUGUCAGUGUGUGUGUGUGUGUGUCAGUAUGCCUGUCAGUGUGUCUGUGUAUGUAUGUCAAUAUGUCUUAGUAUAUGUGUGUGUCAAUAUGUCUGUCAGUGUAUGUGUCAGCGUGUCAGUAUUGCCGUGUGUGUCUGUGAAUGUGUGUCAAUAUGUCUGUCAGUAUAUGUGUUUGUGUGUCAACAUGUCUGUUAGUGUAUGUCUCUGUGUGUGUCCAUAUGUAUGUCAGUGUGUGCAUGUCUGUAUCGGUAUGGCUCUUUGUGUCAGUAUGUCGGUGUGUGUGUGUUGGUGAAUGUGUCAGCAUGUAUGUCAGUGUGUCAGUAUGUCUGUGUGUCUCAGUAUGUAUAUGUCUGUCUAUGUGUCAGUAUGUCUGUCAGUUUGUGUUUGUGUCUGUGUAAGUAUGUCUAUCAGUGUAUGUUUGUGUGUCAGUUUGUCUCUAUGUGUCUGUAUAUCUGUGUGUGUAUCUAUAUGUUGUCAUUGUGUGUAUCUGUGUGUGUGUGUGUGUGUGUCAGUGUGUGUAUAUAUGUGUGUGUAUCUGUAUGAAGUCUGUGUGUGUAUCUGUGUAUCUGCAAGUGUGUCAGGUGUGUAUAUGUGUGUCUGUGUAACUGCAUGUGUUAUCUUUGUGUAUGUCAGGAUAUGUAUCAGUGUGUCUGUAUGUGUGUCAGUGUGUAUCUGUAUGUUGUCUCUGUGUGUUUCUCUGUAUCUGUAUGUUGUCAGUAUAUGUAUCUGUAUGUUAUUAGUAUGUGUGUCUGUGUAUCUGAAUGUGUGUCAGGUUGUGUAUCUAUGUGUCAGGUUGUGUAUUUGUGUGUCAGUUUGUGUGUAUAACUGUGUGUCUAGUCUACAUGUGUUUCAGUGUGUGUAUAUCUAUGUGUGUGUUUGUGUGUGUAUAUGUGCAUACAUCUCAGCAUUCACACACUAACUCUACACACAAAUACACCCCUACAUACAACUACACGUCUGUGUUAAACACCAACAUUAUAUGUAUACACACCCCUGCAUUCAAAAACCAACACUACACAUAAAUACAUGCUUACAUUCAAACGCCAACACCACAUACAAACAUAUUCCAUACAAAAACCUGUUUACACUGAAACACACAAAAACUGCUUAGUGCUAAAUCCAAACCUGCAAACAUGGGUAAAUGGUAGAGCCCCAGCUGUCAAGGCAUUGCUGGAGUUGCACUACAGAUGGGGAUCUACCUUUUAAACAUCCCUUCAAUAGGGAGGCCCAAAAAAUAUUCCUGCACCCCUCUACUUUAGGUUGCCACUGCGUUAAUAGUGAUAACGUGAUUGCACACCUGAGGAGGGUGUACAGGGUCCAGAGGCCCAAGCAAGUGCUUUACCCAGGGUCCAAUCAAUAUUAAAGACAGCCCUGGUAACAGCUGACACUCAAUAUCAUCUGCCACAUAAACCAGUUUUUCCUGUGGAUUACGCUAAUUAUUUAUGCUAAUGCUAGCACGUGUGAGGCUGUUCAACCAAGAGUAGAAAAGAGAACAUUGCAGUUUACAGAAACAAAAUGGCUUUAACAUUACAUGCAACAGAAAAAAGGAUAUCAUUUCAUUAUUAAACAAAGGAUAGCAAGCUCCAUAGCGUAAAUUGUGUAAAUAUAUCAGUUCUUGCAUUUUUCAAUCCUGCAAUCUCCUUCAAUAAAUGUUGCAUUUUUCCAGUGGCAUGUGAGUGUAUACAUUACAGCUACGGUAAGUUGGAGAGAAAGAUAUUCCCUGUUACCGUUUUGAGUGUCUGAACAUCAAUUAUAGUCCACGGCUUGUAGAAAACCAUAGGGUGCCUAGUUUCAAUACUCCAGAAUAUGAGUCUGAGCCAGGUUAGAAUAUCUCUUUGUUGUGAGUUUUUAUACUUCUUAAACAACAAUCCAUGAAAGAUUUGGGGUAAUUUUUAGUGUUCUUAGAUAUCUUGGUUUUCAUUUGAUAAAUAAUUGAUUUUGUACAUCUUGAUAUUUGUGUUUUUCUUCUUAUCCCAGCAGUGAUUGCACACGUGACCUGCUGUAAUCAGAAAUGAGUACACCUGGGGCAAAUGUAUUGGACGUGAGCAGCAGAAAUCUGUGAUAUGGUGACACAGGUAAGAAUUAACAUACUGCACUGCUAAUUGGUAUGUAACUUUUGCAAAGCAAAGGGUUCAUGGGGUUUGAAAGCAGGCUACACAUCUUAGCUUAUAACAAUCUAAAGUUAUAUUAUUGUGAUCAUAGUCUUUAGUUCUUUAGAAGAUCUUUAGUUUAGAAAAACGUUGCCUCAGAGGGGAUAUGAUAACAUUAUACAAAUAUAUCCGGGGCCAAUACAAACCAUUAUCUGGAAAUCUAUUCACAAACAGGACAAUACGGGUGAUACUCGAAAAAUUAGAAUAUCGUGCAAAAGUUCAUUUAUUUCAGUAAUGCAACGUAAAAGGGGAAACUAAUAUAUGAGAUAGACGCAUUACAUGCAAAGCAAGAUAGUUCAAGCCGUGAUUUGUCAUAAGUGCGAUGAUUAUGGCUUACAGCUCAUGAAAACCCCCAAAUCAACAAUCUCAGUAAAUUAGAAUAUUGUGAAAAGGUGCAAUAUUCUAGGCUCACAGUGUCCCACUCUAAUCAGCUAAGUAAGCCAUAACACCUGCAAAGGGUUUCUGAGCCUUUAAAUGGUCUCUCAGUCUGGUUCAGUAGGAAUCACAAUCAUGGGGAAGACUGCUGACCUGAAAACCAUCAUUGACACCCUCCAUAAGGAGGGAAAGCCUCAAAAGGUAAUUUGCGAAGGAAGUUGGAUGUUCUUAAAGUGCUGUAUCAAAGCACAUUUAAAGAAAGUUAUGUGGAAGGGAAAACUGUGGAAGAAAAAGGUGCACAAGCAGCAGGGAUGACCGCAGCCUGGAGAGGAUUGUCAGGAAAAGGACAUUCAAAAGUUUUGGGGUCUUUCACAAGGAGUGGACUGAGGCUGGAGUCAGUGUAUCAAGAGCCACCACACACAGACGGAUCCUGGACAUGGGCUUCAGAUGUCGUAUUCCUCUUGUCAAGCCGCUCCUGAACAACAAACAACGUCAGUAGCGUCUUACCUGGACUAAAGAAAAACAGACCUGGUCUGUUGCUCAGUGGUCCAAAGUCCUCUUUUCUGAUGAGAGCCCAGAGUCUGGAGGAAGAAUUGAGAGGCACACACUGCAAGAUGCUUCAACUCCAGUGUGAAGUUUCCACAGUCUGUGUUGAUUUGGGGAGCCAUGUCAUCUGCUGGUGUUGGUCCACUGUGCUUCAUUAAGUCCAAAGUCAACACAGCCGUAUACCAGGAGAUUUUUCAGCACUUCAUGCUUCCUUCUGCAGACGAGCUUUAUGGGGAUGCUGACUUAAUUUUCCUGCAGGACUUGGUAACUGCCCACACUGCCAAAAGCACCAAAGCCUGGUUCAAUGACCGUGGGAUUACUAUGCUUGAUUGGCCAGCAAACUUGCCUCACCUGAAUGUAUGGGGCAUUGCCAAGAGAAAGAUGAGAGACAUGAGACUGAACAAUGCAGAAGAGCUGAAGGCCGCUAUUGAAGCAUCCUGGUCUUCCAUAACACCUCAGCAGUGCCACAGGCUGAUAGCUUCCAUGCCACGCCGCAUUGAGGCAAUGAUUGCUGCAAAAGAAGCCCAAACAAAGUACUGAGUCCAUGUGCAUGCUUAUACUUUUCAGAGGUCUGAUAUUGUUCUAUAUACACUCCUUGUUUUAUUGAUUGCAUGUAAUAUUCUAAUUUACUGAGAUUGUGGAUUUGGGGUUUUCAUGAGCUGUAAGCCAUAAUCAUCACAGUUAUGAGAAAUCACGGCUUGAACUAUCUUGCUUUGCAUGUAAUGCAUCUCAUAUAUUAGUUUCCUCUUUUACGUUGCAUUACUGAAAUAAAUUAACUUUUGCACAAUAUUCUAAUUUUUCGAGUAUCACCUACACAUAGGAAACAAGGUCAUGCGUUUAGACUGGAAGAAAGAAGAUUUACUCUAAGGAAAAGGAAAGGUUUAUUUCACAGUAAUAACAAUAAUGAUGUGGAAUUCUCUACCUGGAGAAGUGGUUUUAUUAGAGUCUUUACAGAUGUGUAAACAGCAACUAGAUGCAAAAACAUAAUAUUCAAUGAUAUAAUCUUUCAACUGUAGGGUAAUAGCUUCUUGAUCCAAGGAUAAAUCUGGCUGCCAUUCUGGGAUCAAGAGGGAUUUUUUUCCUAAUUUGUUGCAUAAUCAGAAGUGCUUCAAACUGUUUUUGUUUUUGCCUUCUUUUGGAUCAACAGCAAAAAACAAAUGUGAGGAAGGCUGAAAUUGAUGGACUCACAUCUCUUUUCAGCGUAUGUAAUAUGUAAUCUUAACAUUGCAGUUCCCCUACCUGGUGGCACAGGCAAAGCACACCUCUAACAUCAAGAAAAUAUAGUUACAAUUUGGCUAUUUCAAAUCUGGUUUUUAUUCCACCACAUUUCCCUGUUUAGUGAAUAGACUGUAUAGACAGAGCUAGACUGCCUGAUGUGUACAAGGCUAUAUUUAAUCUUUGGAUAAUAUAUAUUUUUCUACAGGCAGAAUAGACACUAUAUUAACAAUAUCAUUAUUUGUUUCAGAUCAUGGCAGGGCAGGCUCCCAUAAACCAUAGUACUCACUCUCUAAUUACUCCAGUGUCUAAUGUCACAGCAUUGGACAUUCUUGGACCUUGGACAGAGCCUGCAUUCACGGUAGCUGCAAAGUUCCGCGUUGGCGUCACCUGUUUCUUCUUUUUUAUUUCAUCAUGCAGUAAUGUGGCGGUUUUGUGCAGUAUCAGUGGGAAGCGAUGUAAGUCACACCUACGCAUUCUCAUCCUUAGCCUUUCUGUGGCAGACCUCCUGGUUACCUUUUUGGUCAUGCCAUUGGACGCUUUCUGGAAUAUAAUGGUUCAGUGGUAUGCAGGGGAGCUGUCCUGCAAGAUCCUCAACUUCGGAAAGCUGUUUGCCAUGUAUUCUGCAGCACUAGUGUUGGUAGUGAUCAGCCUGGACAGACACUGGGCCAUCCUGUACCCUCUCAGCUUCACCAGCGCUGGGCAGCGAAAUCGUAUCAUGCUGUGGUUUGCCUGGAUAGGCAGCCUUCUACUGGCAUCACCCCAGGUACUUCAGUUCAAUGUAAUAUAUAUAUAUAUAUAUAUAUAUAUAUAUAAAUCUCUUACACUCAUGAUGGUUGAUAUUAUGAAAUGCGCAUUUAAUAUUCUACAUUGUGCUCAGCAGAAUUGUGAUACGGUCACAAUUUGAGGUAACAAUCUGACAUAGAGUAUCCCUGUCAGAGCUUAGAAUAUUAAUAAGGUGAAUAACAAUAUCUGUGAUGGAUUAUAUAUUUAGAACUGAAUAUCUGACUCACAGCUUGGUUCAAUAUGCGUCUCAUGAAGCCACAGAGAAAAUUAAAUCAAUCAACCUCUAUUUAUAUUACCUGUGUGUGGUGCCUACCAUACAAUGCUUGCAGUUGCAUUCAGUUUGACGCAUGCCAUAUAGUGUCUGCAGUUGCAUUCAGUUUGAUUAAUACCAUACAGUGCAUGCAGCUACAUGCAGUAAGAUACAUACAAUGCAGUGCCUGCAGUUACAUGCAAUAUGACACAUACCACAGAGUGCAUGCAGUAAUAUAAUGGUGCAAUGGUGCAUACUAUACUGUACCUUUAGUUACAUGCAGUAUGAGACCACUGACAUUAAUGCAAUGUAUUAGGAAGGGUCGCAAUCAUUAAAUGUGCUUCUAUUAUGGCUUUUUAUUUAAUUUAAAUUUAACAAACUUAUGAAAAUAUUGGCCUUCAUAAUUAACAACCAGAGGAAUAAGCACAGCCUAUUGCUCUUCCUUUUCUUACCCUCUCUACCCUAAGCAAUAUUCAGUGCAGUCAGUAAACCCGUCAUUAUACUAGUUUUGAGUCUAUAAAAACACACAGCAAUCACUGUUUAACUUAUGCUCCUGACAAUUAAUUGAGAAUACUAUAAACUGUGCUCCAUUCCUCAGCUCUUUCUCUUUCGUCUGCGUACUGUUCCUGGAGCCAACUUCACCCAGUGUGCCACCCAUGGAAGCUUUCCAGAACACUGGCAGGAAACCACCUAUAACAUGGUCACAUUUUGUACCCUUUUUGUCACUCCACUUGUGGUCAUGAUUGUAUGUUACACGCGCAUCUUGUGGGAAAUCAGUAAACAGAUGAAACACAAGAAUGGUAAGUGGUGUGUCGCUGUGCAGGUGCAAUAUGAUUCAGCUAGAAAGAAUGGCUUGUCGCAGGCCACCAAUCUGACGUCUACCUUUCUGGGCUUAGAAUGUAGCCUACUGCAAAAUGGAAUUUGGGCUGUGUCCAUCUGCAUUUUGAAUUAUAAACGGAAAAGCUGAUCAUAGGGUUCACAGCAAUUGCAGAGUUUCUAUGUAAGAUGCUACCCCUGUUCUAUUGCUUUCAUUUCUAAGUCACAGAGUGAAUGUUUGUUAAGUCCACAUAUAGCCACCUGAAUCCAGAAAGAAACAGAGACUGAAUGGGUUUCAGUCUAAUGAAUAGCAAUAGCUCAUUAGAAAACAAAAUGUCUUUAUCAAAACUAAGCCUGAUGAAGUUCAGCGGACCUAAACGUUUUUCUUUAUUGGAUAAAAGGACUGAAUUACUGGAUUUUUGUUGUGUUUUGGUGUCUACUUCUUGGGACUGGCUGUGGUUCUUCUUUUCCUGGCACUGAUAAUGAGCCAUGCUAUCCAAAGUUGUUAAGUUGAACAUCUACAUUAGGUGGGGUUGCUAUUGUGAGUUCAAAAAUAUUUAGUCUGGGAGAAAUUAUAGAAAUCCAAGAUGGCAGAAUGAUGAGAGCUUAGUGUGGUAGAAUAUUGUAAUGCUUUUUUUUAAUUUGUAGAAAGUGCUAAUUGUCAACCAAAUAUAACCCAAUAGAUGAAUGAACAGUAUGUAGGCAGUCUGAUAGAUCUUGUUUGACGAUACUACUACCGCUACAGUGCUAUAAAUUUCUGGAUGCUGUAUCAAUUUUUCAUCAAGCAAUUUUUGAAUCGUUUAAAAAAUGAGGCUUUCUCCGAAGCCUAACCUUUAUUCAGCCCCACUUAUAACACAGAAUCUAUACGUCUACAUUAUCAAGAGUGAAUGGGUCCAACUUGGACAGCAAUGAUAGGUCAAAUGCUCUAGGAAAAUCUACCCCUAAAAAAAGGAAGCAGCACUAGUGUAAGGAAUCACUUUGUUGAUUUGUAGUUCUUUCUAUGUGAUCUGUUCUGUAUUCCCAUUGGUGAAUGUUUCGUGUAAUUUUUUUGUUUAUAUUACUGUAUGCUGUGAUCUUUAAAGUUGGAUCUGGAUACAAUAAACAGUCAGAGUCUGAGUCUGAGUUCUAGGAGUUGCCAAGAAAGAAACUGGUGUUGUCUCUUCCUUGAGAUCUCACAAGAUAUGACUAUUCAUUGUCCUCUAUAGAGUAAUUACUAAUAAGAGUAUUGCCAGAAAAAGGAUGGAUAGAAUAUCAUAUAGUAACCAGAUAUCAGCUCAGUAUAGCCAGCAUACGCUACCAAAGAGGAGUCCUAGCAUUUAGUGGAGCGGUUUAGUGCUGCAAGUUAUGUAAAAAGAAUACCCACAGACGAUAUGUAAGCAGUAUUGUCACACCAUAUAAUGCAUACGAAGACAUUUUGGACAAUGCAAUGCUUCCUACUUUGCAGGAACAGUUUGGGGAAAACCCUUUUCUAUUCCAGAAUGACUGUUCCCCAGUGCACAAAGCAAGGUCCAUAAAGUCAUGGUUGAAUGAGUUUGGUGUGGAAGAACAUGACUUACCCGCACAGAGCCCUGAUCUCAAUCCCAUUGAACACCUUUGAGAUGAACUGUAAUGGAGUGUCACGAUUCUGGAACCUAACACGCUAACAGGACACAGAGAGAAAAGAUGCUAUACCGGUCCUUAGAGUGGCCGGGCUAAGCACGCUAAGAAUGGUCAGGAGACAAGCCAAGUAAAGGGAGCCAGAAAACAGGAGAACUAGAAACAAGCCGAGGUCAAAGGAAUGGAGAAAACAGGAGAAUCGGAAUAACGAGCCAAAUAAUCGGUAACCAGAGAGAAACACGAGCAAACUGCAAUACAGGUAUCACAAGACCACAACAGGGCACUGAGAGACAGGAAAGGUAAGUAUAUAAAUCCUUUGCUUAAUUCUGAUUGGAUAACUUCCAAUCAGAAUUAACAAUCACACGUGGGAGAUAUCUACGCUUCCCACUGUGAUUGUGGUACUGUUGCUUUAACGCCGGGUCACGUGAGUGACCCCGGCGUCUGCAUAAAUUUGUGACCUCCCAGCGUGCAGCGUUAUACAUGCUGCCGCUGGGAGGCGUGAACGACGCGCCGACAAGUAGGAGGAGGGGAGACCGCAGACCCCUGACAUAACCCCCCCUCGAGGACCGCCCGACAGGCGGGAAGCCGAAGGCUUCAAAGGAAACCGUGCAUGAAAGGAGUGGAUCAAAGAGGGCGCAUUCAAGUCAGAGGCAGAAACCCAAGACUGCUCCUCAGGGCCGUAACCCUUCCAAUAUACCAGAUACUGCAACCGACCCCGAGAAAAACGAGAAUCAAGCAGAGCAGCCACUUCGUACACGUCACUGGAGACAGCGCGGAGGGAAUCCAGACGCCUGAGAGGACCAGAGAAUCGAUUACAGAGCAGGGGCUUCAAAAGGGAGGUGUGAAAAGUGUUAGGUAUACGCAUGGAAGGAGGCAAGGCCAGAGAGUAGGACACAGGAUUGAUCUUACACAAUACCUUAUAGGGGCCAAGGAACCUGGGUGCGAAUUUCAUCGAGGGGACCCUGAGGCGGAGAUUCUUAGAGGACAACCAAACCCUAUCACGCGGGACAUAAGAAGGAGCAGCACCCCUGCGACGAUCAGCAAAUCUCUUCUGAGUAGCAGUCGCACGAGAAAGAGUAGCAUGGACCUGAUCCCACAUCUUCCGUAAGGAGGUAAGGUGCUCGUCCAAAGCGGGUAUUCCCUUGUGACAGAACACGCCGGGAAGGAAAGAGGGUUGGAACCCAUAAGCAACCAUAAAAGGACUUAAGCCAGUGGAUGAAUGAGUCACGGUGUUCCUGGCGAAUUCAGCUCAGGGAAGGAGGUGAGACCAGUUGUCCUGGUGUGCAUUCGUGAAGCAGCGUAAAUAUAACUCUACAGAUUGAUUUGCUUGUUCGGCGGCUCCAUUAGAUUGUGGAUGAUAGGAGGACGUAAAUGACAAGGAGAUCCCCAUCUCAGCACAAAAACCCCUUCAAAACCGAGAGACAAAUUGAGGACCCCUGUCGGAUACGAUAUCCUGUGGUAUACCAUGCAAGCGGAACACCUCUUUGGCAAAUACUUGAGCCAACUGAACCGCAGAAGGUAGUUUCUUAAGUGGAAUAAAGUGUGCCAUUUUAGAGAACCUAUCGGUCACAGUCCAAAUUACUGUCUGUCCACCAGAUGAAGGAAGAUCUACAAUGGUAAGUGGGUCCAUGGUUUCUUGGGCACGGAUAGAGGCAUUAGGAGUCCCGGGGGUUUAACAUUAGGGGACUUACACUGUGCGCAAACACGACAAGCCUGCACAUAAUCCACUACGUCUUGCUUAAGUGAGGGCCACCAAAAGGCGUGGAGGACACGAGCGUGGAGGACGCGAGACCCCUGACAUGGAGAUUGCGAGUCAGACCUUCUCAUCCAACAUCAGUGCCUGACCUCACAAAUGCUCCACUGGAUGGAUGGGUAAAAAUUCCCAAAGAAACACUCCAAAAUCUUGUGGAAAGCCUUCCCAUAAAAAUGUCAAUGUAUUUAGAAUGUAAUGUCAAAAAAGUUCUUGUUGGUGUGACGGUCAGGUGUCCCAAGACUUUUGUCCAUAUAGUGUAUAUAAAUAUCUGUUUAAGCAUUUGAGUGCAUGCCACAAGGGCGGCGGCACACUUAUCUAUCUGGUACGAUAAUGUAUAAAAAGACAACAGUUUGGCAUAAGAUGUCAAUGCUAUAAUGUUUUUCUGUUUUUAUUUUGGUACUUGACAAGCUGUUUUCUGUGUACGUUCUGCUUUCACAAUGCACACAUCUCUGAGCAAUUCUGACAUAUCAUCAGUGACACAGAGGCACAUAGAGCAUGUGUCAUGAAAGUUUUAUAGUAAUAUCAGGGAUGGUCAGGGUUCGGAAAACAGAACAUGAAAACCCUCUCUUGUUAUCCCUAGUGUGAUCAUGUGAACUUGCUUUGUCAGGGGCCCUCCUGGCCUCCAGUCUAUUUACUUUCUAAGACCAGCUCUUUGAAGUAAAGAAAAUCUGCUAAUUGGGUCUGAGGCAGCCCUUUAAUGUCAUGCUCAGGGACAGAUUACAAUCCUUGUUUACUUUCUGUAACAGACAUAGGAGAUAAUGGGUUUCUGCAGGAAGCCCCCUGUCACUAAGGCUAUGGGUCCAGGCUGUAGAUCCUCAGGGCAGAUAUAAGGUAAAUUAAUAAGUGCAGAACCUUCAUUGACCAGUCCAAUUGCUGACUUAUCUGACAUUUCCUAUUAACUCUUUGUGUACCAUACACAGGGGCUCCUGAUGUGUUGGAUAAAACCAUUCAUCAAUUUAAGAAGGCUAAACUAUAAUGUGAAUAAAACAAGUCUUAUUUUCUCACGAUGAAGUCAGGUUUUAUUAUAGCUUGUCAUUUUAAAAUCCACAUGAUUAUUAACCCCUCAAAACACUGACGGUCUCUGCCAUCUGUUCUUUAAAUAUCCUAUGCCAAACUGGAAUGCCCCAAUCAUUAAACGGCAACAUUGCUACAUGAAGCUGCCAAAACUAAAAAAGCAGGACAUCUCAUGCUGGUAAAAAAUAAACAACAAAAAAAAAAAAAACAGAAGAAAAACACCUUUCUGAUGAUGGCAAUGUGUUCUUUAAGAUUUAAAAGGAGACGUCAGUAAAUUCCUUUAAGUAUGCAUUUCAAAAUAAAUAUAUAGAGAAAGCAACUAACCCUCCCCAGAAAAAAAACAACUAAGGGAAUCAGUCUGCAACAAGCUAGUAUGGGUUCAAAAAGAAUAAAACAGCACUUUGAGCAAACUAUUUUGAUGGCUAUUCUCUAAAUUCUAAAUUGUGUCAAAUUAUAAUCCUAUUUGCCAAAUUUAGUCUAAAAUAGCAGAUCUGGAAAUAUUCUCCAGCUCAACUUUAGUCACAGCUUUGGCUAUUUCACCCUAAAAGUUGCAAUUCAGAUUUUAAUUCACCAUAAUGCAGGAUCACAAUAGGGUCAGGAACACAAACAUGUAUAUCUGACCCUAUAGUGCUAAACCCACCAUUAAGAUGGCUUGCCCCCAUCUCCCUUAGCCCCCUGUAAAACUUUAACCCCGGGACGGGUGAUGGACGAGGUCCGUCACAGAGUGGAGACCCCAGACGAGUGACGGACCACGCCCCGCCACGCGGUAAAUCCCGGAUCGCCUAUUGCGGCUAUCGGUUAAUGGUGCUCUGGUAUGCCUCUGCAUUAGAGGAAUACCGGGAGCACCCGGUCAGGCUGCCCAGCACAUGUGCUCGCUCUGACCGCAAGUCAGAGCGAGCACAUGUGCUCUGUAUACUUACCUUCCGGCUCCCUGCACUUCCUGGUUCUGUGUGAAGUGCAGGGAGCCGGAACAGUGCUGAUCCUGCCCCCUGCUGUAAAAAAAAUAAAGUUAAUUUAAAGUCCCACCCCCCUUUACCCAUUGUAAUAAAAAAUUAACCCCUUCCCUGCCAAUUGAUCACUGACUACUGACUACAGAGUGUCUACUUUUACAAAUGGUAGGCCUUUGUGGGGGGUUUUUGAACAGUCAAACUGUUAUAAUACCCCAAAUGGAAGCUAAGGCUCAUUAAAUCCAUCUCUCAAAAGUCUACUGUGAAUACUGAAAAGGACAGGUAUCCUGUAUGGCACUGUAGCUUCACGAAAUAGUGCCAAAGACAUACAAUGGGGGUGUCAUUUUACUCAGCAGAUGUAACUGAACACAAAAUAAAACUUUGUACAGGAAUAGCACACACCAACUUUACAAAAUAUACAUGAGAAUUUCUUUGUUGUAAGUUUGUGUGCCAAAAAACAAAAAAAACAUAAUUUUACUCCAAUAUUUAGCAGAGGUUGGCGGUGAAAUGGCUAUGUAGAAAGUGUCAAAACAACCUUAGGUAAAUAGCCCGUGAUGUCUACUUUAUAUAAAUAUAUACUUUUGUGUGGAAAUUUUGUUUUCUUUUAUGGCUAUUAAGCUUACAAGACAAAUAUACCAAAUUCUAAGAUCGCUCCACAUUAAAUGUCUAUUUUACUCCUUGUGCUUUGUGACCUGUAACUACCAAAAAAGACUUAAAAUCCCAGACACAUUAUAUAUUCUGUAAAUCAGAACAACUAAAUUAAUUUAUUUUUAAUUACUUUUCUUAACCUGCACUAAUUAUGCACACAUUAUUAUUGCAAAAACUGUAAAAAAAAACACAUUUUCAUUUUUUUUUUUAAAAAUUCUGUAUUUUUUUUAUAAUAAAUAAGCAUUUAUAUAUGUGUGUGUUACAUCAAAUUAAAGCCCUUUCUGUCCUUUAAAAAACGAUGUAUAAUAUGUGUUGGUGCAACAAAUUAGUAAAAUGCAAAUUGCAGUUGGACACAAACAGCAAAAAAUGAAAAAAAUGCUGUUGUCAUUAAGUGAAAGACAAUCUUUUGAAGCUUUGUCCUUAAGAGGUUAAAACUCACCUUAUUUCCAGUGCCUCGCAUCUCUAUGAGGAAAAUUCAGUGUCUCCAUGCAGAUUGUGGGGCGCUGAACGGCAGGGAUGCUUACUGUGCAGCCCUGAGCCAGGAAGCCCCUCCAGUGGCCAUCUAAGAAGUGACCACUUGAAGGUGUCCCUAGGGACAUGUUUCUCUAAAAAAGCAGUGUUUACAUGAAAAUGCCUGAAGGGAGCUAUUAUACUCACCAAAACAACUACAUUAAGCUGCAGUUGUUCUGGUGAGUAUAGUGUCCCUUUAAAGGACCACUAUAGUGCCAGGAAAACAUACUCGUUUUCCUGGCACUAUAGUGCCCUGAGGGUGCCCCCACCCUCAGGGACCCCCUCCCGCCCGGCUCUGGAAGGGGGAAAGGGGUAAAAACUUACCUUUUUCCAGCGCUGGGCGGAGAGCUCUCCUCCUCCGAUCCUCCUCCGUUCCUCCUCCUGGGCUGAAUGCGCACGCGCGGCAAGAGCUGCGCGCGCAUUCAGCCGGUCGCAUAGGAAAGCAUUUACAAUGCUUUCCUAUGGACGCUUGCGUGCUCUCACUGUGAAAAUCACAGUGAGAAGCACGCAAGCGCCUCUAGUGGCUGUCAAUGAGACAGCCACUAGAGGAUUAGGGGGAAGGCUUAACCCAUUCAAAAACAUAUUUAUAAAAAAAUGGGUUAACCCUAGCUGGACCUGGCACCCAGACCACUUCAUUAAGCUGAAGUGGUCUGGGUGCCUAGAGUGGUCCUUUAAAGGGUUACUCUAAACACCAUGACCACUUCAGUGAUUUGAAGUGAUCAUGAUGCCUGGAGUCUGUAUGUGCAGAAUUUUGCUUUGAAACACUGCAUAUGCAGGGAUUAACCCAUUAGCAGCCAGAGGUGUAUCUUAAAUGUAAGGGAAAGUAAAUAUAUUAAAUGUUUCUGAAUAGGUCAUAUGAUUUGUAUACCAUAAGAGGGCUGGCAGAGAAUUCUAGGAAUUGUAGACUUUAUCACAGCAGAAAAGUCACUAACUUAUAUGGGCUACAAGUGUAUGGAGUCAUCAGGCCCUUUAAUCGAGCUUGCUGUGAGCCGUGCUCUCCACUUGAAUCAGUGUUUGUUUAUUAUUACCCAUGGGUAUUUAAAUGUUAAGUUGGGUGGUACAUAGCUCUGGCACUCAAGCACAUUUAAGUGUCUUAUAGUCUGGCUUACUCAAGAAUGCUUGGGAUAUGCAUAUGUCUUUCUGUAAAAUAAAAUAGAUUUUCUUAUGGGUUGAUAUGUAUGGUAAAUCGGUUCCUUCUUCUUUUAAAACCUGUGCUUGUAUGUUGUCUACCAAAAAAAUAAUAUGCCUGCACUACAUAAUUAUGUGUAUAAAAACUGUAGUCUGGUUGUCAUUAAAACAGAGCUUUCAAGAAGUAAGAAUGACCUCAUAUCAAAGGCAAGAUUGAAGACUCUGAAGAUGACCUUAGUCAUUGUGGCUUCAUUCAUGGUUUGCUGGACACCUUAUUAUCUGUUGGGAAUAUGGUAUUGGUUCCAGCCCGACAUGAUCCACCAAAUUCCAGAAUAUGUCCAUCACAGCCUAUUUUUAUUUGGCUUACUGCACACCUGUACUGAUCCCCUUGUCUAUGGCUUGUACACUCCAUCCUUCAAAGAGGAUGUGCGGUCUUGGGCCAGAAGAGUUGGAACUCUCUUGUCAAGGAAGGCCAAAAACAGCAAACAACUUACAGGUUCCGAGGUAAACAUCAAAGACUUCACCUCUGUCGAUGGGCAAAUGUCUAGUGGCAUUACCUUGCAGUCUGUUUUCUGAAGCAAAGACUAGUGAUUCCAGAUUCUUACAAGUCAACCCAACUUAGGAAGGAACAACCUUGACAUGUUACCAAGAAUAUAACAUGUCUGUAUGCACUGAUUAAUAAACUAUCCCUGUGGACACAGAGGAAACGAACAGUUUAAUUUUCGUCCAGGUACCUCAUGUUAAGUUGAUCUGCAAAGAUAUAUGAUAUUUUGUAUUUCUCAGCAGGCGUUAAGCACCUCCCACAUCCUUGAUGGAGUUAUUAAUGGAAAACCAGACAUUUUUCUAUUUAUCUUUCCACAUGCGGUUCUAUUCUAUGUGAGCUAUCCACUUCUUGUUAA